AUGUGUUAUGACCGCUACGUUGCCAUCUGCAAACCCCUGCAUUACGGGACCCUCCUGGGCAGCAGAGCUUGUGCCCACAUGGCAGCAGCUGCCUGGGCCUCUGGGUUUCUCAAUGCUCUGCUGCACACAGCCAAUACAUUUUGUCUGCCCCUGUGCCAGGGCAAUGCCCUGGGCCAGUUCUUCUGUGAAAUCCCACACAUCCUCAAGCUCUCCUGCUCACACUCCAGCAUCAGAGAACUGAGACUUUUUGGGGUUAGUGCCUGUUUAGGGUUUGGUUGUUUCAUUUUCAUUGUUUUCUCCUACGUUGAGAUCUUCAGGGCUGUGCUGAGGAUCCCUUCUCAGCAGGGAUGGCACAAAGCCUUUUCCAUGUGCCUCCCUCACCUGGCUGUGGUCUCUCUGUUUUUUAGCACUGCAGCAUUGACCUAUCUGAAGCCCCCCUCCAUCGCCUCCCCAUCCCUGGAUCUGGGCCUGUCAGUUCUGUACUCGUUGAUGCCUCCAGCCCUGAACCCCCUCAUCUACAGCCUGAGGAACCAGGAGCUCAGGGAUGCCAUAAGGAAAAUGAUGACUGGAUGCUUUUCAGGAACAAUAACCUGUUUCUUUUCUUCUGCAGAACAUGCACUGUGUAACCCUUCACUGGCCCAGUUGGCUUUCUAAAGGUUUUUUUGAGUGUCUGUGGUGGGUUUUCCUGUAUUUUUUCCUCUUUUAAUGUUGUUAACACAGAAAUUUUAUUCUUCAUCCCAUACCUAAUUAAUACUCUCUCUUUUUGUUUUUACCCACAAUUGUGUAAAUGAGGAAUCAUUCUCUAUGUGCAUUUAAACAAAAUAAAAAUUCCUGCAACAACUUCUUUGUCAAACAUCCUACCUCAGGGAUGGUUUACUUUGUCUGCUCAUUCCUCCACACUCUCUGCUCAGUGAUGACAUCGUAACCAGACAAGCCCCUGGGAAUAAUUUACUUCUAAGUCUUCAAUUCAUUUGUGGUUAAUUAUUCAGUUCUCAGAAGUGCAU